UUUUGUCAUUCGUUCUUGUGCUGUCUUAUUAGAGUAGGUUGUAAUUUUCAGCAUUUUAGUUGUGUUAAAUUUAUUAUUUAUUCAUUGUCUUUAAAUAAUAUUUUUGCAAAAAUGUAUACCGUAAUUACUCCAAAAGCAUCUUUAUCCACAAAGGAAGCAGAUUUGUCGAAGCAAAUGAAGAAAAGCAAGAUUAACGAUGAGAAUGAUUGCUGCGAGAAUAUUAUGCCUCUGGUGGUGAAGAAAACCAAAGUUCUUGGUGAAAGUCAGCGUCAAAAUAUUUUACCAACCAGUGAAUCUUCAAUUAAGACCAUGAAGAAGUCAAAGAAGGUUGUCAAGAAGGUUGAGGAAGAGCCCCUGUUGAAGGAUAACCCAAACCGGUUUGUGAUGUUCCCGAUCCAGUACCAUGACAUCUGGCAGAUGUACAAGAAAGCCGAAGCGUCGUUCUGGACCGCGGAGGAGGUGGACCUCUCUAAAGACCUGGGCCAUUGGGAGCAACUGAAGGAGGAUGAGAAACACUUCGUAUCUCACGUGCUCGCUUUCUUCGCAGCCAGUGACGGGAUCGUCAAUGAGAAUCUGGUGGAACGAUUUAUGCAGGAAAUCCAGGUAACUGAAGCAAGAUGUUUCUAUGGUUUCCAAAUCGCCAUGGAAAACAUCCACAGUGAAAUGUACAGUCUUCUCAUCGAUACCUACAUCAGAGAUCCAAAAGAAAGAGAUUUCCUGUUCAAUGCAAUCGAGACCCUGCCGUGUGUGAAGGCGAAGGCCGAGUGGGCGAUGCGGUGGAUGGAUGAUGACUCUGCAACGUACGGGGAGCGAGUCGUCGCGUUCGCAGCAGUCGAGGGAAUCUUCUUCUCCGGGUCGUUUGCCGCGAUCUUCUGGUUGAAGAAGCGUGGAAUAAUGCCUGGUCUGACCUUCAGCAAUGAACUCAUCAGCAGAGACGAGGGUCUUCACUGUGACUUUGCGUGUCUCAUGUUCAGCCACCUGGUGAACAAGCCGACAUCUGAGAGGAUUAAGGAGAUAAUCCGCGAUGCGGUGGUCAUCGAACAGGAGUUCCUGACGGCUGCACUGCCUGUCAGUCUGAUUGGAAUGAACUGUAACCUCAUGAAGCAGUACAUCGAAUUCGUUGCUGACCGCCUGCUUGUUGAGCUCCACUGUGAUAAGGUUUAUAAUUCCGAAAAUCCAUUUGAUUUUAUGGAGCAGAUCUCACUAGAAGGGAAAACAAACUUUUUUGAAAAGCGUGUUGGUGAAUAUCAACGUAUGGGGGUUAUGGCCGGCCAAUCGGAGGACAAACGCACCUUCACAUUAGACGCAGACUUCUGAUGCAAUCUGACACUUUCACACUGGGUGCAGACUUCAGAUGACAGCAGUGCUGUGAACCAGUACUGUGACUUAGUGCAAUCCAUGCUCGACAACAGAAUUUUCAAAUGGUGCACUUUAUUUUGUCAUGAACCAACUAGCAAUUUAAAAGAAUUUAUUUACAUUAAGUGCUACCAGACAUUUCAGUAUAAAAUACUGUCAGUUUUAACAAGAUGCAUUUAUUUGCUUCAAUGGACAUUUUACACAGAAGUCUUAUUUUAAAUUGAUAAUGUACUUUAUUUUAGUCAGCCUACUUGAUGGUUCACCAGUGUGUUCCAAUCUUACAGUUUUAGUCUUAAUUUGUUAAUCACAACAUGCUUUUAUGUAUUUGUAUCUUAGGUUUAAUUUACGAUUAUAUGCAAAUGUUUUUUUAUUUUAUAGCAUUCAAUUUUUAGUUCGUCCUGAUUGGGGACUUUUUAUUAUUGUACAUUUGUUAAUAAAUAUUUAUUACAAAA